AUGAAAGACAAGGAAAACUGGGUGAACAUGUAUGUUUACAAACAUGCCCAUUUUGGCAAUUGCACAUUGAACCGUGAAGAAAGUGCCCAUUCUUCUCUCAAGCAUUCUCUUGGUACUUCCUCGGGUAAACUGAAGACAGUUACCCUUAAAGUAAAAAAGUGGCAAAAAAUAUCCUCAGCUAAAGAGCAAAAAGCCAUAAAAAAUAUUAUCAACCUUGGGUCACCAUGCGAUUCCACAUUACUAACAAAUCUCACAAUCGCACCAAAACAUAUAUCAACAAUCUUUUCUCCUGAAGCAGACGGAAAUUGUGGGUACAGGGUGAUAGCAAUGGAAGUGUACCAGGACCAGGAGGAGUGGUCAAAAGUAAAAGACAAAAUGCUAGAAACAUUUUUAAAGCACCAAAACAACUACUACCACGGAAGAAUGGAGCAUGGCAAUAUGCCUGCAUCCAAUAACCCACUAAUUCGCAGUCUCCAAGACAAGCACUCACCUCUCCCCCAGCAACAUUGGUUUGGUACAAUCGACCAUCCUCAACUUGUAGCCAAUACAUUUAGCAGAGCAGUGGCUGUAUAUUGGAAUUCUCCAAUUGAAACAGGCGACUGUCUUUUUGUUCCAUUUGCUACCUUGCCAGAAAAAGUGGAACCAAUAAUUAUUAUCUUAGAUGUAAACCACUUUCUUCUUGCCAAGUGCAAAAACACUCGAAAUUUCUGCUGGCCAAAAAUCAACCCCUUUCAUAAAAGAAUAAUUCAAAAACAUGGCCUUGAAGAUUAUUCUUUGAUGUACUAA